AUGGAUAUGGAUAUCUUCAGUGGUUGGGAGAGAUCAUCAAGAUAUGAAGAUGAAACCAUAAUGCCACCUGGGUUUAGAUUUCAUCCUACAGAUGAAGAGCUCAUCACUUACUAUCUCCUCAAAAAAGUCCUUGACUCCAGUUUCUCUUGUGCUGCCAUCUCUCAAGUUGAUCUCAACAAGUCUGAGCCUUGGGAGCUUCCUGAGAAAGCGAAACUAGGAGAGAAAGAGUGGUACUUUUUCACACUAAGAGACCGUAAGUACCCAACGGGACUGAGAACGAACAGAGCAACAGAAGCUGGUUACUGGAAAGCAACUGGUAAAGACAGAGAGAUCAAAAGCUCAAAGACAAAGUCGCUUCUAGGGAUGAAGAAAACACUUGUCUUUUACAAAGGCAGAGCUCCUAAAGGUGAGAAAAGCUGUUGGGUUAUGCAUGAGUAUCGCCUCGACGGCAAAUUCUCUUACCAUUACAUUACUUCUUCCGCUAAGGAUGAAUGGGUUCUCUCUAAAGUUUGUCUGAAAAGCAGCGUUGUUAGUAGAGAGACGAAGUUGGUCUCUUCCUCUCAUGUUUCCGUCACCGGAGAAGUCUCCUCCGGUGUUAAUGUUUCAUCUUCCGCUGGAUCUUUGAUUGCUCCGAUCAUUGACGUCUUUGCUACGGAGCACGUGUCCUGUUUCUCCAAUACUUCUGCUACAGCUCAUGCCGAUGUGAGCUUUUCUAGGUACCUUCCCGCUCCACUGCCACGUCAGCUAGGUGAUGACGUGGCGUUUGGUCAGUUUAUGGAUAUGGGAUCUUCAGGGCAGUUUAACGUCGACGACGCGGUGUUCUUAUCGAAGCUACCUUCUCUGCCUCCGACGGUUCUUCCUCCGUUGUACGGUGGUUCAGCUCUGAGUUUCUGGCCGUUUGCCAUGUGAUGAUCGUUAUGCUGGUUGGUUGUAUUAGUCUCGAACCAUUUCUUUUUGUUGUUGUAUUGUGUUACUGUUACAUUAGUACGUGUUUGUAAUGUCUCUACGCGUAUUGUAACAUGACUUCUUCCUCUCGGAUCAUUUGCUUGUCGCAUUAUAUUUUGUAAUGUCUUUCGCAAGACUUCUAUGUUAAUUUCGCAUUUGC